GCAGGUUUCCGCUCCCCCAGAGGCUGCGAUGCCGUACGACAAGCAAGGCGGCGAAUCGGGUCAGAAGCCCGAAGCCAUGACCAAUGGCGGUGCGGUGACACCUCAGAUGACCAUGUUGACGGCAUCGGAGCCCGUUCGCCAAAUCUCCCAAAAACCAGUCGUCAAGCCCAACGUCUUAACGCACGUCAUUGAAGGGUACAUCAUUCAAGAGGGACCUGAGCCAUUUCCGGUCAGCCGCUCGUCACUUGUUGCCGAAACCGAAUCGCCCAAGCCUUCUGUGGAGACAAAUGGAAAGGCAGGGAGUGAUGAAAUCCAACACAUUGCUCAAGUUCCGCCUUCGGAGGCCGAGCCUCUUCCAUCGAAGGUCACGGCCACCGGGUCGGACCGGGUGGAAUUGGCCAAGUGCGAGAUGUGCGGCAAGCUAGGCACAAAGUCAAAGUUCAAAAAGUCCAAGCGCUUUUGCUCCUCGUCGUGCGUCAAGCGCUAUAACUUGGCAUGCUCUGAGCGGCUUGGCAUAUUUGCAUUCACCUCGGAGCCUGAGAACGAGGACGAGCUCCCAGGCAAGGUAACUAAGAAGAAGAAAAUGGGAAGGAAGAACUGGCGAAAACCCCAAGGAAAUCACUUCAACGAGUACUCUUCCGAAAAAUGGCCACCGCAGCAGCAGCAACAGUUGCAGCAGCCGAAAGAAGAUGCGCCCCAGCCACAGUCACAACCACAGCCGCAGCAGCAGUCGCAGCCACAGCCACAACAGCCACAGCAGCAGCAGCAGCAGCAGCAGCAGCAGCCGCCGCAGCAACAGCAGCAGGCUCAGAACAAAGACAUCAACAUGGAUACCGUCGAGCCAGCCAAAGAAGAUGCCAGCACACCCAUGGAGACAGCUGCCAAUGCCUCGGUGCCCGAGCAGCAAUUGCUGAGGCCCGAGAGCUCGGUUGAGUCUCCUGCACCGGCCCCACCCGUGGAGAUGGAAGUGGAUGUGCCCGAGCCAACACCAGCCCUGCCGAUCAAGAACCCAAGGAGUUGGACGGUACAAGAGGUGGCAGACUACAUUCAGGAGCUUCCAGGCUGCACGGACUAUGCUGAGGAAUUCCGCUCCCAGGAGAUCGAUGGUCAGGCGUUGCUUCUGCUCAAGGAGGAUCACUUGAUGACAGCCAUGAACAUCAAGCUCGGCCCAGCACUCAAGAUAUGUGCCAAGAUCAAUGCCUUGCGAGAGGACCAGUAGUGCAGAAACACUCAAAAAAAGCCUCUCACACCGUCUGUGUUCGGACUUCAUCACAUUUUUUUUCCCGUCUCGUGCUCAAAAAAAAAGCUCUCGGAAAGCCAAACUGUGCCGCGUAGAGUCAUUUCAGUCGAUUUGAGUGAGCAUCAGUCCAAGUGUAGUCAGCUAUGUGUGUGAUCAUUACGGUGCGUGUGUAUGUAGGUUGGUUUCGUGGCAAAAAUGCAGCAGACCCUGGACGUUACACUGUGAACCUAGUGUGACCGGACUUCGGAAAGGACAUUUUUCGCGCUGCGCCGGUUGUGCUUUGUGGACUCUGUUGCGAGAAACGCGGAAGGGCAAGUUCAUCCUCGCAUCGUGGUUUUUCAUCUACGGGACCUUUUGUCAAGCUGUGUGUCGUGUCCUGGGACGCUGUUCUACGACGUUGCCAUGUAGAUUCGUGCUGGUUCGGUCAGAGAACCAAGCAGGGGUAAAGUGUGUUCAGCAACUCACCCGGUAAGAAGCUUGUUCUUAACAGGACUCAACUUGAAACUCCCCGCGAUCAUCUCCUCGUGAAUUUUAUAGAAUAAGAUCUUCGUAAAAAGGCUAAAACGUGCAGCACGACAAGCCAGGACGCUGUGCAAAUCGACAGGAUUCAACCAUCGCUUAUGGUGUGUAAAGACAUUGUGUGUGAGCUGCACUAUCCCAUUUCUUACAGCAUCCAUCUGCCUCUAGUGUUGUGAGUGCGUGAACUUUUGGUGACAUUCCCCUACACCCUGUAGAGUUCCUGCGGUGUAUAGCUGCAACGUGGGUGAAUGUUUGUUUCCGUCUAAUUUAUUGUUGGCCCGCAUAAAGAUUAUUGUACAUCCUGUUUGAGAGUUGAAAGGUAGAACCUAUUCAUUCUGUGUGAGAUUGCGUGAAAUGGUGAGAAAAUGUUAAUUAUUGAGCUCACUGCAAGGUGUUGUGGCCAGAGCGAACUGUAAAUCUCAUUGUAGCCAGGGGAGUUGAAGCUACUGUGCCUAGCAGUGAGCAUCUCAUGUACAAAGUUUAUUGUGUCUGUUGCAUGAAAGCCCUUUGAUUAGUUUUUUAGUGUUGUGUGCAUGUGUGUGCACCUGCUUGAGUGUAAAAGAACACAUUUAGUUAAGUGACAUUUGUUAAAUAACGAUCUGGAUAUUUUUCGUCAGAACUGAUCAGGCGAUGUCUCUAUUCUAUAAUGCCUCGGAGCAAAUGGAAGCACGCAUCUAAGAUUUGUUUGUUGGCUAUACAUGCCUUAUCUGUAAGUAUCUUUCAUGCCGGAAAGCAGAAUGAGUGUACUUGUAUGUCCCUCCUGUUUGUUUUUUCCUGCAGCUUGCAAUAUGAAGCCGCAGUGCUGAGAUUCAUACUUAUAAAAUCAAAUAUUUCAUAUUUAUUUGUCAUGCUCGAAGAAUCGCUGUGUAAUUAUACUUAAAGUACUUGCCGAGAUGUUAAUAAAAUGAUGUAUCCUCUCCUA